AUGAGUGCACAGGAGUCAGAUAGGUUGAUCCAGGAAAGGGCCAUUGAGAGGGCUGGAACCUCUUUUAACGUCCAGGAUUUGAUUCAUUAUUUAGAUGAUGGAGAGGAAAAUACUAAAAUUUAUGAAUCAAUGUCACUUCAAUUAGAAAGAGAUCCAAUUUUUAAAAUUAAAUCUUCACAUUUAGAUUUAAAAGCCAAAAGAGAAUUAGCUUUCAAAAAAAUUGUGAAAUUAGCUGGUUAUUUCCAAAACUCUGAUGAAGUUGAACUACGUAAUAGAAUUAGAAUUCUUUCACUUAUUGAUCCGGAUGUUGCUACAAGAAUUGGUGUUCAUUAUGGGUUAUUCAUUGGUACUCUAAGAGCUCUUGGUUCUUCAAAACAAUUUGAAUUUUGGAUCAAGAAAGGUGCUUUUUCAUUAUCAAAUUUUUAUGGAUGUUUUGCAAUGACUGAAUUAGCUCAUGGUUCUAAUGUUGCAGCUUUACAAACAACUGCAACUUAUGAUCCACAAGAUGAAACUUUUAUCAUCCAUACACCUUCAUUAAGUGCUACAAAAUGGUGGAUUGGUGGCGCUGCUCAUUCAGCUACUCAUGCUGUUGUUUAUGCUAGAUUAAUCUCCCAGGGAAAGGAUUAUGGUGUUAAGAAUUUCAUUGUUCAAUUAAGAAAUUCUCAACAUGAAUUAUUACCAGGUGUUUCAGUUGGUGAUAUUGGUAAAAAAAUGGGUAGAGAUGGUAUUGAUAAUGGUUGGAUUCAAUUCACAAAUGUUAAAAUCCCUAAAUUCAAUAUGUUGGAUAAAUAUGCUAAAGUUGAUAAUGAUGGUAAAGUUACAUUACCUCAAUUCCAACAAUUAGGUUAUACUGCAUUAGUUGUUGGUAGAGUCUCAAUGGUUGUUGAUUCUUAUAACACUGGUAAGAAAUUUUUAACAAUUGCAUUAAGAUAUGCAUCAACAAGAAGACAAUUUGGUAAAGAUUCUGAAGGGAAAGAGAAAAAAAUCAUUGAUUAUACACAUCAUAGAAGAAGAUUAUUCCCAUUAUUAGCUAGUGUUUAUGCAAUGAAUUCAGCUGCUUUAGUUAUUUCAAAAUUUCAAGAUGAAGCUAAUAAACUUGUUGAAAGUGGUGAAAAUUUAAAACAUGUGAUUCCAAAUUUAAAAGAUCUUUUUGGUCUUUCAGCUGGAUUAAAGGCAUUUUGUACUUGGGAAACUGCUCAUAUUAUUGAUGAAACAAGACAAAGUUGUGGUGGUCAUGGUUAUUCAGAUUAUAAUGCUUUUGCAAGAGGUUAUAAUGAUUGGGUUGUUCAAUGUACUUGGGAAGGUGAUAAUAAUGUUUUAUCAAUGAGUUGUGGUAGAGCUUUAAUUCAAAAUUAUCUAAGUGUUGAAAAGAAGAAAAUUGUGGGGAAAUAUACAAAAUAUUUAGAAACCACAGAUAUUUCAAAUGAAUUUGAAUUAAAAUCUCAAGAUUUAGAAUAUAUUGAAAAAAUAAUUAAAGCUUGGGAAUUUGUUUCUAAGAGUUUAAUUGUUAAAUCAACAAAUAAAUUUAAAAAUUUUGUUAAAGAAUUUAAUGGUGAUGUUGAAUUAGCAUUUGAAAAAAUCUCAUCAUAUAGAUUUAUUAUUGCUAAAGUUCAUACAAAAUUAAUCCUUUUGAAAUCAUUUUAUGAAAGAAUUUUGGAAGCACCAAAGAAUUUAAAACCAGUUCUGUCAUUAUUAUUACAAUUAUAUUCUCUUUCCAUUACAUCAGAAAACAUUUCACAAUUUUAUUCAUUCAAUAUAGUUAAAGGUUCAGAUUUUUUGGAAAAUUUAAAUUAUAAAAUUGAUGAAAUUAAUGAAUUAUUAAGACCUGAUAUUAUUGGAUUAACUGAUGCUUUCAAUUUAUCAGAUUUUGUAAUUGAUUCUCAAAUUGGGAAAAGAAAUGGUGAUAUUUAUGAAUCUUAUUUCAAACAUGUUAAUGAUAAUAAUUCUGAUUUGAAACCUCAUUAUUAUGAUUCUAUCAUGAAACCUUUUUUCCAAAGAGAUAUGAAACCUAGUGAUAAUGAAGAAGUUGAUGAGGAGGAGGAAGAAUAG